UCGUGACAAAGUGUGAAAAAAGGAAAACGCGCUAUCUUCCGUCAACUGAUAAGCCGCGAUAGGUGAUCGAGUAAUUUCCGGAGUGUCCGCCAAAAAAGGUGUGUGCGUGCGCUUUUCGGGUGUUUAAAGUGGGGCUAGGCCCGUUCCGAAAACGACCAAUCCAUCAGCAAAGAAGGAGUUGCACUUCUGGCCCGUCGAAGGUUUGCACGAUGAGACACCAGUUGCUACUGGUGCUCGCGGUAUCGCUCUGUGCGAUGGCCGUGAACUCCAGUCCGGCCCUCCGCACCGAACCGCAAUGGGCCGAGGAACCGCUGAUCGAUAAGAUGCUGUUCGAGACGACGCGAACGGUACCGAAUGCGCACGAUCCGCGCUACAACAAGAUGCUGCCGGACGACGACAAGAACCUGGUCGAUAGCGACGAGGACGACGACGGCGAUAUCGCGACGAAGAAAGCCGUCGAUCUCAAUCCGAUGUACGGGCAGAAGAAGAAAAAGGAUACCCCGGAUGUGUCCACCGUCGGAUCGGUGGCCAUCAAGCAGGUGAAAAUUAACGAAGAUUUCGACAGCUACGAGGCGGCACUGUUGAAGAGUACCGGAAAGACCGUGAAAACUUCCCAAUCUACCACCGCUAAACCUUCCUCCGCCGCCGCCAAGACGGCGGAAUCUGACGACUCUGACGACGUGUACGACGAUGAUUCGGACGAAACGAUUGACUUUUCAGGUGUAGACAAGGUUCUGGCGUACCCGAUAAAACCGGCACCCGCCGAAGAACCGGUGAAGAAGGCGUCCCCGGCCGCCAUGACGACCGUGCAGCCGAAGACGAGCACCGGUAAGCAGAAUGUGGAAAUUCUGGACCAGUACGAGGACGAUGCGGAUACCGAUUACAACUACCAGUACGAAGAUGAAGACGACGAAGACGAUAGUGACGCUGAUGAGGACAUCGAGAGCGUCACUACGCAGACGGCGAAGACCCAAACUCCGGCCGACAACAAGGUUACCAAGGCGAAGCCGAAAAAGCAGAUCAAGAAGAUCAAGGAUGGAGCCAAGGCUUCCAAUAAGACCGGGGAUAUGGACGACUACUACUACUACUACGAUGAGGACGAAGAUGAGGAUGAUGACGACAGUGCCGACGCCGUGAACAGCACCUACUGCCCGCGGGGAUGCAUCUGCGAGCGUAACAUGCACGCCUACAUGGUGGCCACUUGCAGUCGGUUGGACUUGGAGACGCAAAAGUUCGCAUCGCACAUUACCGAUCUGCAGGUGCUGGACGUGGGGCCCAUGUACCCGAUCGAGCUGGGGCCCGAUUUCUUCAAAAAGAUCGGCCUCAGCCACGUGGUGUCGAUCAAGAUCACCAACUGCACGAUCGUGUACAUCAGUCCGCAGGCGUUCGCGGGGCUCGACGAGCUGUACUCGGUCAACCUGACCAACUCGGGUAUCGAUCUGAUCCACCCGGACACGUUCGUCAACAACACCAAGCUGCGGCUGCUGACGCUUUCGGGCAAUGAUCUGAGCGCGAUGCAAAGCGUGAACCACAACACUCCGUACACCGAUUACAUGCUGAAGGCGCCGUCCGUCGAGGAGCUGGAUCUUUCGCGCUGCAAGUUGCAGGAGCUACAGCCCAAUGCGUUCAACGAGUUGAAGAACAUCAUCUACAUCAAUCUGUCGGAGAACAAUCUGACCAGCCUGCCGGAGGGCAUCUUCGAUAGCGUGGAAACGAUCGAGGAGCUGGAUCUGUCGAUGAACGGCAUCGCCGAGCUGCCGCGCCACAUUUUCGCCAAGACGUCGCUCGCCAUCCUGCACCUGAAGCACAACAAGAUCAGCACCAACGUGGACUUUGUGACGGCCGAUCUGCAGAAGCUCGACCUGAGCUACUGCCAGAUUCGCACGAUCAACAACCAGAUGUUCAAGGGCAUGGACGGGCUCACCAAUCUGAUCCUGAAGGGUAACCACAUCGAGAAGAUCAAACCGAUGGCCUUCAUCUCGCUGCGCAGCCUGCGGCAGAUCGACCUGUCGGUCAACGCGCUGGAGCAGAUUUCGGCCCAAACGUUCAUCGGCAACAAGGUGCUGGACAUCAUCCGCCUGAACAGCAAUCCGCGACUGAAGAGGCUGCCAAACGAAGGCUUCGAGAGUUCGUACAACGGCACGUUCAACGUGUAUUUCAUGGACAUAUCAAACUGCGACAUCUCGGAGCUGGCGGACAACACGUUCAAGACGAUGCCCCAGCUGACCCGUCUCAACCUGGCGUGGAACAAUCUGCAAACGAUCCGACCGGCCGUUAUGGGUCACCUGAGCAAACUGAUGGAUCUGGACCUCAGCAACAACAUGAUCACCGAGCUGGACGAGAAGACGUUCCAGAGCAACCGGAAUCUUAAUGCCUUGAACCUGUCCGGCAAUCCGAUUUCGGCGCUGGCCAGCAAACUGUUCCACCCGCUGCAGUACCUGAGCGAUCUGGACAUUAGCGACUGCGAUCUGCGCACCAUCUGGGAGGACUCGUCGGAGAAGGCGAAGCGCGAGGAAGUGCUGCCCAAUCUGAAGCGCCUGAACGCAUCGUACAACGAGAUUGCCGAGGUAUACGUUUCCGAUCUGCAGACGAUGGCGAAACUGCGCGUGCUCGACAUCCGCAACAACUCGCUCAGCUGCAACGAUCAUCUGCAACCGCUGAUCAAGUGGCUCCAGCAGAAACAGAUUUCGAUGGCCGGAGGAGCACAGGACCACGUUACGCACGCCGAUCUCGGGGUGCUGCGAACGGACAAUUCCGCCACCCUGAAGCAGUGGAGCCAGUUUGCGUGGGAAAUUUGCCAGGGCGGCAGUGGCAACGCGGACAAGACGCCAUUGUACAGCGAAACCGAGGAAGACUACGAAGAUGAUGAUGAUGAGGACGAUGCGGACGAUACGGAUGCCGAUGUGCUCGAGAAGACGAGUGCCGACGCCAAGUCGAACAAGAUCGUGGACAGCAAGAACGAGCUCGAUGAUUACUCGGACGAGUCCUUGGACAGUGACAGCGAGGACGACGAUAGUGACGACGAAGAGGACGACGAUGACGCGGAGGAACAGGAGCGCGAGAACAUCCUCGAUGCGGCCAACGGGCUGCAGCAGAUCGAGCAGGACAUUCUGACCGGCAAGCACGGCAGCGGGCUCGCUAACGAAGCCGAGGAGGAAGAGGACGACUUCGAUGACGAUGAGAACGCGGACGAUGUUGUGAUCCUGGAGCAUGGUGUCCUGUACGCGGUGUCCUCCAUUUGGAUCGUGAUUGCGUUCAUCGUGGUCGGCUUGUGCAUGAUUCUGGUGGUGGUGCGCAGUAUUAUUGUGAUGAUGGUGCGACGCCGUGGCGAGCGCUACCGCCAGGCGAUCCUCGCCUCCAAGAACUCGUUCGUGUACCAGAAGCUGACGGAGGACAUUGGUGCACCGACCACUCCGAAGGUUCACCGGUACGCACCGGUUAAUCAGGUGUAAUGCGCUCUCAUCGUGCGCCGCCGCUAAACCAGUCACGGAUGGUGAGAUGGGUCCUUCUUAGAUUUCGAUCUACUAGACGGUGGAAAUAGACAUACCUUUUUUUGUCUGUUAGUAGAGUACACGAUUAAGCAGCUAACACAAAACGAAUCACCGUGCUUCCGGCCCGGCUGAGGAUCAUCGCCGCACGAUCGCUUCCGCCCUAUAUCUUUUCCCUAUUUCUGAUACAUCAGUAAAACACGCACAGCUAUGAAGUACUUAUCCGAGUAAACAAGCGGCAGCAAGCGAAGCGAACGAGAAUUUACGGUUAUUUAUUAAGUUCCCAAUAGAGCACAGACACACCUUAGCGCACUGCUGGGUCCCUUUUUGUUUCUGUGUUGGCCAAUUUGAGAAGUUUUCCACUGUUUUGCAGUCCCGUAACGGCCGGUGUGGCCGAGCAUACUACUAUACACUAGGGUAACCGAGUACUGCAGUCAGAAUAGUGAGCACGGCGCAGUACACAGUACUACUACGAACACUAUAGAGUCCAGCUGAUGUACCACCUCUUGGCUCCGUUCGAACACAUUCCUUUUUCAGUUUUCGAUUCGAUCCGUGGUGUCCGGGUACGACCAAAUUAGUCCGGCGAUUUUUCACCAGUCCCCAGCUUCGUUUUAAUUAGUGCCAUUGGGUGGAUUCAAAGAAAGAUACGAACGCAAAAUAUAAAGUACACUACACAGUACCGACGAAGCGCCAUUUCUACCUAACUAACCCACUGGGAGCAGGAAUUGGAAGCAAAUCCAUGUUCUACCUAGCCGCAGUACUUCCGAUUGCAUGGUACUUCCGACUUCAGUCAAUCGCGCACAUUCAAGAGUAUUUUCCUCCCCGUUCUACAUAUCAGUAAGCAGCAAAGAUGUCUUAUUAUGCCUUCAAUAAUUGUGUAUUUUUUCAUUUGCCCUUUUUAAAUUAUUGAGGCGUCUACUGAGAUAAACAACACAAAAAGGAUUUGAUAAAAUAAACGUUUUGUCGAACCGGA